AUGUCAAAUAAUUAUAAUUCAGAAUUUGUAGAAUUAACAACACCAGCUGGGUUGGAUAUAAUAUCAGACUUGAAAUUUAAUAAUAAUCCAAAUGAUUCAAGGCUACUAGCAAGUUCUUGGGAUAAUCAAAUUUUAUUAUAUGAUUGUAAAUCAUUUAUUAAUCAUUUACAUGAACCACCAACAACAGAUCCAUUAGUUGAAUUCAAACUUAGUGAAACCCCCUUAAGUUUACUUUACACGGAGUCAAAUAUACCUGUUGUUGGAUUAUUAGAUGGUUCAGUCAAAGAAAUUGAUUUUGAGAAUAUUAAUUUAGGUCCUAAUAUGGGUCAGAAUAUUGAUGAAAACGAUUUUCAGAGUGGUAUAAACAAUUUAAAAGUUGGAUCAAAUGGUACGAUUAUUGCAAGUUCGUUCAAUGGUCAAUUACAAGUGAUUGAUUCAAAACUACAAAAACCAAUAAACGUAAUCAAAAACAAAAGAAAAAUAAUAACAAUGGAAACUUCAAAUAAAUAUUUAAUACUAGGUUUAACUGGAAAUAUACUAGAAAUAUAUGAUUCAAAUAAUUUACAAAAACCAAUAGAGACGAGAGAGAUUGGAUUGAAGUACCAGAUCACCGAUAUUAAGGUAUUUCCCAACCAACAAGGCUUUGCGGUCUCUUCCAUUGAUGGUAGAGUAUCAAUUGAAACUUUUAAUAACACUGACAAUAAUACAGAAAUACAAGAGAGUUAUGUUUUCAAAUCACAUAGACAUUAUGAUCCAGCAACUGAGACUGAUAUAGUAUAUCCAAUAAAUUCAAUAACAUUCAAUAAACCAACGUCAUAUUCAAAUAAUACGCUAUUGUAUACCGCAGGGUCAGAUGGUUUUAUAUGUUUAUGGGAUAUCAAAAAAAGGAAAAGAUUAAAACAAUAUCUGAAAUUUAUCAACAGAGAGAUUGAAACAAAUGAAGUCUCAGUUGAAAGUGUUGCAAAAUUAGAUAUCAACUUGAAUAAUAAUUUAUUAGCCGUUGCGACUAGUGAUGAUAACUAUAAAAAGAGAAGGAGAAUGUCAGAAACCGAGUUCUCAAAACUACCUAGUAAGAUCUACUUGAAGCAAUUGAAAGAAUAA